AUGAGUUUAACAGAGAUGGAAACAAAAUCAUCAAAAGAGAUUAUAGACGAUCUUCAACGACAACUUUCACAAGAGAAAUCAAGAAAUAGAACUCUAACAGAGGAAUUGAAACAAUUAAAAGAUGCUCAUUUAAGAAUUCAAUUAGUAACAGAGAAUGAAGAAGAAUUCAUUACAAACAAGUUUAUGAAAUAUUUAAAUCAAUUGAAAAAGGAAAAGGAAGAAUUGGCAUUAAAAGUUGAACAAGAAGAAGAAUAUCUUACCAAUACUUUACAAAAGAAAAUGUUGGCUAUUAUGAGAGAAAAAGUAGAUUUAGAGAAUCAAUUAGAACAAGAAGAAGAAUUUAUAGUAAAUAAAUUACAAAAACAAAUUCAAGAAGUAUUAAAAGAUAAAAAGGUAUUGGAGAAAAGAUUAGAAAAUGAAAUCAAUGAUCAUAGACAAUUAUUAAAAUUGGAAGGUGAAGUUAUUUCACUUCGAGACAAGAUUAAAGAAUUGGAAGGAUCAAGUGAACACAACAAAGAAGACAUUGUAGCUCUCAAAGCUGAAAACUUUGUACUCUGUCAAAAGAUUGCAAGAGAACAAGAAAAAUUAACCAAAGUUCAUAAUGAAAAUAGUAAAUUAAUUUCAAAUUUGGAAAUUGGUGAUGAAAGAAAUUUUAAUACAAAACAAAAAAGAAAUAGAAGUGUAUCUGUACCAAAUGCGGCCAAUUUAAAUUUAAAUUUACAAGUUUCACCACCACAAACCAAAAUUGUAACCAAUUCAGUUCCCAUUUCAAGAUCAAGAUCAUCAUCAUCAUCAAACCCUUGUUUAAUAACAAAGGUAUUAAAAGAAGGAUGGAUAAAAAAAAAGGUUGAUGGUAAAUUUGAAAAGAGAUAUUUUGAAUUAUCAUCAGACGAGGUAAUCAGAGAAUACAAUGAUGAAAUCAAACAAGUAUUAUUAGAUACUAUAGAUCUAGAUAAAGUAAUUGAUAUUGUUGAAGUACCAGGUACUCCUUCUUUAUCCGCUACUGUUAGUGGUAGUAGUAGUACUGGACAACAUACUGGAUCAAGUGUAUUGGAAUUGGUCAUUUCAAAUAAUGCAUCAUCACCUAUUCAUGUAUCAAUUAAUAGUAGUACUAGUAGUACUACUAGUAACAGUAGUAAUAAUAGUCAUGGAUCAUCAUCAUCUGUACCAAAUAAUUGUACCAUUUCAUUGUUGAUUGAUAAAAGUGAAAUGAAUCAAUGGAAAUCUUUAAUAACUGAUCUUUUACCAAAACCUCCUCAACACAACUAA